CGAGUGCUCAACCCCAGAGCCAUCCACGCUCUUAUAAUUAUUAUUAAACUGUGUGUUAUACAAAGUGGUCGUGUACAAUGGAUCAAAAAUAUUUAUUAUUACUAAUAUUUCCUCGUUGUUUUACCAUACCAGUGAACAACGAUGAUUGCGUUACUUAUCGUUUCGAAGAAGUAUUUUAUAGUCACUUUUCACCUCUGUUCGAAACGUGUCGAAAGCAAUGGAAAUUGGGCAAUUAUAAUUCGAUUCCAUUGGAGAGUCCACAUCUAUUGAGUAGGACAUUUAUAUCACCGACGAAUUUACUGAGUUGUAGUAUAUCAUAUGAAAUUCCAAUGUCAGCUUCCGGGAUUGUUGAAGUGAAUUUGUAUAUGCAACCAAAAUCAAGAAAUGAUAACAUAACCAUCAAAGUUUAUAAAGUAGCUAAGGCGUUGAAUACCAUCGUUGGAGCUAAGACAAUAUCACCGAGGAGUAAAGAUUUUAAAUCAGGAUGGGAGACAGUAAAAAUAUCUUUGUCAGGUUUCGGAACCUUCAUGGGUCGGCUUUUGUUAAUGGGUAAAGCGGCACAAGAUUCUAUAGUUCUUAUUGAUUCAUUUCGAUAUAUUCCACCAGCAUACGACGAAUCUCUAUGUUUAAUAUACGAUAGUUCAUUGUAUAUCGAUGAUUCUACUACAGAAUUUCUUUAUACAACUACAUUAGAAGAAACUAAAGACCAGAUAACCCAGGAAUCUGAUCCGAUAGUAGAGACAUCCGACAAAACAACAACACCAUUUACUAAGAUUGAUAAUGCUAUGAAUAUGCUUGAUUCUACUACACAAUUUCUUUAUACAACUACAUUAGAAGAAACUAAAGACCAGAUAACCCAGGAAUCUUCUGAUCCGAUAGUAGAGACAUCCGACAAAACAACAACACCAUUUACUAAGAUUGAUAAUACUAUGAAUAUGCUUGAUUCUACUACAGAAUUUCUUUAUACAACUACAUUAGAAGAAACUAAAGACCAGAUAACCCAGGAAUCUGAUCCGAUAGUAGAGACAUCCGACAAAACAACAACACCAUUUACUAAGAUUGAUAAUGCUAUGAAUAUGCUUGAUUCUACUACAGAAUUUAUUUAUACAACUACAUUAGAAGAAACUAAAGACCAGAUAACACAGGAAUCUUCUGAUCCGAUAGUAGAGACAUCCAAAAAAACAACAACACCAUUUACUAAGAUUGAGAAUGAUAUGAAUAUGCUUGAUUCUACUACAGAAUUCCUUUAUACAACUACAUUAGAAGAAACUAAAGACCAGAUAACACAGGAAUCUUCUGAUCCGAUAGUAGAGACAUCCGACAAAACAACAACACCAUUUACUAAGACUGAUAAUACUGUGAAUAUGCUUGAUUCUACUACACAAUUUCUUUAUACAACUACAUUAGAAGAAACUAAAGAUCAGAUAACCCAGGAAUCUGAUCCGAUAGUAGAGACAUCCGACAAAACAACAACACCAUUUACUAAGAUUGAUAAUGCUAUGAAUAUGCUUGAUUCUACUACACAAUUUAUUUAUACAACUACAUCAGAAGAAACUAAAGAUAUUCAGACAACCAAAGAGCAACCUUAUUCUUAUCCAACAAUAAUGUCUAAUACAACAUUAGACAUGUACAUAACAGAUUUUCCAACCAAACCACAAACUAUAGAAACAACUUCACAACAAGAUGACAAAGACUGGGACAAUUCUCUAACUCAGAGUACUACAAUGGUACCAACAACUAUAGGGGAUGAAAAUGAUGCAUUUACAUUAGCACCUACCAAUUCAAAAAAUAAAAUAGAGACUUUAACUGAACGAAAUGUUGCCACAUUUUUGCCCGAAACCCUUGAUAACUCUACUAGUAAUAUAAUAACGAACUUUCGAACAACUUCUACUACUUCAAUAUCUAGUGAAACUGCUGAGAGUAUUUCUACGGGAGCAAUUAUAAAUACUGAAUUGACUACAGAAUUAGGUUCUAAUACUUUAAAAGAAGUGAGCGAUGUGGAAAUAACUACAACAGAAAAUGUAAACUAUGCAACAUCAUUAUGGGAUUUUAAUUUAGACCCCGAGAACUCAACAGUUGCUGGAACAAAGGGAACAGAAUAUACAGAAACGGUUACUUCGCCUGAGGUUUCAACGAAAGAUGAACUGAUUAUUAAUAUGAUAAAUAAGGGAGUAACAACAACCGGCCCCAAAUUAACUACAAAGCGGACUAAAACAGAUGUUACUUCUGCAAAGAUUUUAAAGAAUUUUGAUAAUACUUUAACUACUGAUACAGAUGAUUUAGAAACAUCAUUUAAAGAUAGAACAAUCGUAACCAAUAAAGUUCAAAUAGAGACAUUACAAACAGAUUUACAUCCGCAAACAACUACUAUUGUGAUUCCAUAUCUUGAAAAUGUGGACAGCGAUUUUUUGGCUAAUUUUUCCAUUUAUUCGGUAGUU